GCUUCACUUACGUUCUACCGAUUGCUGAUUGUCUAUUCACCUUCUUUUCUUUGUCUCUGUAAGGGAUUGGUUAUUGGUAUUUUGACGGGGAAGAAAAAGAAGCCAUUGCUAAUUGAGCAUUCUAACUACGCCAUGGAGGAAGACAACGAUCGGCCUAGAAAGCUUCCAAAGCUUGAUCACGACGAGUCUCAGGAUUCCGAACCCAGAAUGACCGGUGCGCUGCAGGUCACGGAUAAUGCUUCUACAGCUGCUACGGCUGGCACAGACAAUGGCGACAAUGAGCAACCUACCAUGGCAUCCGAGAAUGAUAAUACCCACGGCGCCGCCGACAGCACUACAGCCCCCACCACCGAAGAUGGAGCGCCCAAGAUCUCCAAGCGCGAGAUGAAGCGCCAACGCCGCCGCGAACAAUGGGACCAGCAGCGCGACCAGCGGCUCGCAAAGCGCAAAAAAACUGCACAGGCGCGCAAAGAGCGCCGGCGCGCAGCCUUCGAACAAGCGCGGCUGGACGGCACAGAAGCCGAACUCAAGAAGCAAUACGAACGGACUCAGGAACGCUUCCGGAAGUCGACGCUGCUUCCGGUUACAUUAGUGAUUGACUGCGGAUACGACGAAUUGAUGUUGGAGAAGGAGCGAAUUUCACUGGGGUCGCAGAUCACGCGGUCGUACUCGGACAACAGUCGGUCGGUGUAUCGGUCGCACUUGGUGUUUUCGUCGUUCAAUAAGAAGCUGAAGGAGCGGUUUGAUACCAAGUUGAAUAAGCAUUAUUUGAACUGGAAGGGGGUUAGGAUCCUGCCGGAUGAUUUUGCGCAGGUGGCUGAGAAGGCGAAGGAGUGGAUGGUUGUUCCUGACGGAGGUAAGAUGGAGGGGAUGUUUGCGGAUAAAACGGAUAUGAAGCCUGAGGAUGGGGAGGUGGUUUAUCUGAGCAGUGAUAGUCCCAACACGUUGACGGAGCUGAAGCCGUUCAGUACGUAUAUUAUUGGGGGACUGGUGGAUAAGAAUCGGCACAAGGCGAUUUGCUAUAAGCAGGCUGUGGAGAAAGGAAUCAAGACGGCCAAGUUGCCUAUUGGGGACUAUAUACAGAUGGCGUCCAGACAGGUGCUGGCUACGAAUCAUGUCGUGGAGAUUAUGCUCAAGUGGUUGGAGCUGGGAGAUUGGGGCAAGGCGUUCCUUGCUGUUAUUCCGCAGCGGAAGGGUGGUACGUUGAAGGAGUCGGGGGCUGAGGCCGAAGGGUCUCAGCAGGAGGAGAAUAAUGCAGAGGAGGAAGAGGAGGAGGCGUUGGAGAAGGCUCAGGAGGUUACUGAUGAGGCUGUUGAAGAAGCCCAGCAGGCUGCAGAGGAGCCUGAUCAAGCUAUGGCGGAGGCACCUGUGGAGGGCAAGUGAGGGGCCUGGUGCCGAUUAUAGUGUAUAUAUGCAGCCGUGUAAGCUGUCAUGCGCUGUCUACUAGAGAAGUGGCUGGCCAAUCUACAUGUCUUCCAAUGACUAGCAAGGAAGUGAUGCUUCAUAGUUACCUAGUUUGUAGAGCUAACUAACUACUCCGUAGAUGGAAGUGAUGUACGAAGUCAGUGCUGACAUAAUAUGCACCGCCACACGUACAACGCCACAUGGUUGCCACCGGGCGAUGGAUGACGGCAACCAAAACAACAACAACAUCGCCGUUCCAUCUUUUUUUCGUUUCCUCCUUCCAGAAGCUCCACAGAGACUCGCUUGCUCUUUGCUCUGCUUGCUGUCUGGGCCCU